GGGACGAUAUCUGCAUGGUAGGUCCUGUCUCUCCCUCUCUCCUCUUCUUCUCACACGCACAUACACAAUCUGUCUUCACAGCCCCCCAUCCACGGACAUCACCGCACGCACACUCGCACACACGCGAAGCAGCAGCUCCCACACUCUGUCAGCAGACGCUCCCCUUCCUCCCGGUCUUUUCCCCCGCCACCCAUCAGACCACCUGGAUUGUAUGAGAGGCCAAGCGAGGACACGGCGGAGGAGAGAAACGGGACGCCGGGCAUCAGAGAGGAGAGCAGAGCAGGCGCUCGCGCUGAGGACAGCGCUUCAUCUGAGCCGGCAGGCUGAAGGCACAGCCAGUGGCACUGCAGAGGCACGACGGCGCAGACGCUCCGCUGUGAGAGGAAAACGAUCAUGAGGUCCCGCAGCAACAGUCUAGAAGACUUGACCAGGACCAAGCCUGUGCAGCAGCAGCGGCAGGAAGACGCGCACAAACGCUCUGCAGAGCGAGAGGAGCCCUCGGGAAGGGCCGAGCAUCGCCGGCGGCACCGGGAGCCGCCAGACGACACCGACACCGUCCAGAGGAACCACAAGACGCCGAAGAACAGCACCUGUGCCGACGGCAGCGCUAGCGCCGCUGGAGCCGCGAGGGCCGGUCGCAGGGAGAAGGGCAGGGACCUUUCUCGAGACGACCUGGUCUUUCUGCUAAGCCUGCUGGAGGGAGAGCUGCAGGCGAGGGAUGAGGUGAUCACCGUGCUAAAGGCAGAGAAAAUUGACCUGGCCCUGCUGGAGGCCAAGUAUGGCUUCGUCACACCCCAGAAAGUCCUUCAGGCGCUGCAGAGAGACGCCAUCCAAGGCAAGGCCGACGACUUCCAGGAGGACAUCUAUGAGAAGCCCAUGGUAGAGCUGGACAAGUUGGUGGAGAAGCAGAAGGAGACUCACCGGCGGAUGCUGGAGCAGCUGCUGAUGGUGGAGCAGUCGCACAAACAGGCCCUGUACAAGAUGGAGGACGAGAAGAGGAACCACGGCGAGUUCAUGAAGAAGAGCGACGAAUUCACCAACCUGCUGGAGCAGGAGCGCGAGAGGUUGAAGCUGUUAAUUGAUCAAGAGAAGGCCUAUCAGGAGCGAAAAGAAGAAGAGAACAGCAAAAAGAUCACAAGUCUGAAGGAGGAGCUCACAAAACUCAAGUCGUUUGCGUUGAUGGUUGUGGACGAACAGCAGCGUCUCACGGAGCAGCUGAAUCAACAAACAGCCAAGGUCCAAGAAGUGAGCGCCAGCGCUUCACAAAGCCAGGAGGAGCUGAGCUCGGCUAAUGCCCGUCUGCAGGAAGAGGAGCAGAAAGUCAUUUGCUUGGAAGCUAAGCUGCGUGACCAGGCUGGGCGAUACCAUCAAGAGCAGGAGGCCAUGACUGCCAAACUGACCGGCGAGGAUGCCCAGAACAGACAGCUGCGGCAGAAACUGUCGACGCUCAGCAGACAGCUCGACGAGCUGGAGGAGACCAACAAGACUCUACGCAGGGCCGAGGAGGAACUGCAGGAGCUGCGGGACAAAAUUAGCCGAGGCGAAUGCGGGAACUCCAGCCUCAUGUCUGAGCUCGAGGAGUUGCGUAAGCGAGUGCUCGAAAUGGAGGGAAAGGACGAAGAGUUGAUCAGGAUGGAGGACCACUGCAGGGACCUCAACAAGAAACUGGAGAAAGAGGCCAGUCAAAGCCGGGGCCUGAAGGCAGAAGUCGAUAGACUCAACCACAGAAUUAUGGACUUGGAAAAACUAGAGGACGCAUUCAGCAAAAGCAAACAGGAGUGUAGCUCACUUAAAAGUAACCUGGAAAAGGAGAGGACAGUGUCCAAGGUUCUGACCAGUGAGCUAGAAGUCUUGAAAGUCAGAGUCAAAGAACUGGAGACAGCUGAAAAUCAACUGGGAAAGACGGAGCUGGCGCUGAAAGAAGACCUAACAAAGUUAAAGACUCUGACAGUGAUGCUAGUGGACGAGAGAAAGGCGAUGGCAGAGAAGCUCAAACAAAUGGAGAACAAGGUCCAUAACAGCACUGGCAAACUUCAGGCCGAGCAGGACAAAGUCACGACGGUCACAGAGAAGCUGAUUGAAGAGAGCAAGAAAGCACUGAGGUCAAAGGCCGAACUGGAGGAGAAGAUGUGCAGCGCAACCAAGGAGAGGGACGACCUAAAGGCCAAGCUGAAGGCCGAGGAGGAAAAGAGCAAAGAUUUGGAUUCUAAGAUCAAUAUGAUGAAGAAAAGGCUGCAGUCUCUAGAGGCCAUUGAGAGAGAAUACCUCAAAUCAAAAACACCCAUUGCUAACCGCUUCCAGCAAGAAGACAACAAAGUAAAGGAUUUGACUCAGGAGGUCGAACGCCUCCGACGCAAACUGAAGGAUAUGAAGGUGGCAGAAGGGGAUCUAUUAAAAACAGAGGACUUUGAAUCACUGGAGAAGAGGUUCACUAGCGAACAGGAGAAAACCAAAGCCUUGGUGGAGGAGCUGGAAAUAUCCCGAAAAGAACUCUCAAAGUACCAACUGGCAGAAAAGAAAGAGUGCAGCCAAGAGCACGUUCUGUACAAACGCUUGAAGGAGGAGGAGGCCAAGUCCAGCCACCUGACCAGAGAAGUAACGGCUCUGAAGGAGAAGAUCCACGAGUACAUGGGAACAGAGGAGUCCAUCUGUCGGAUGAAAACCGACCACUCCACGCUGCAGAGGAAGCUCACACAGCAGGAGGUCAGGAACAAAGAACUGGCCAGAGAAAUGGAGACGCUCACGCGAGAGCUGGAGAGGUACCGGCGCUUUAGCAAAAGCCUCCGCCCCGGCAUGAAUGGAAGACGCUUCUCAGACCUGCACGUGUCCACCAAGGAGGUCCAGACGGAGCCUCCGGACCUCGCGUCCCCCGGCAGCAAGACGGCGGCGCCGCUGGAGCGCGCCGUGGUCAACGGCAAGCUGUACGACGGGAGCGAACCCGAGGAGAACGCCAACUACAGCAACGAGUUGCAGCUCAGCAAGUGCAGCCCCUCGCUCAUGAACAACGUCAACAACCUCAACAACAACAUGAGGAGAGCACGAGUGCCCUUCCUGAAGAACAAAGAUGGCUGCCAUCAGGUGAACGGCAAGGUGCAACCGCGGCAGAACGAGAACCACAUCCAGCCCGGAGACGUGGUGCUGACCCACAGUCCUGGGCAGCCCCUGCACAUUAAAGUGACUCCUGACCACGGACACAACACAGCAACACUGGAGAUCACCAGCCCGACCACAGAAAACGCCCAGUCAUUCACCAGCACUGCUGUCAUACCCACAAGCGGAGGUCCGCCCAAGCAGAGAAUUACCAUCAUCCAGAACGCCUCCAUAUCCCCCACUGCAAAAUCCAUUUCCCCAACGACUAAAUUCAAAGGCUCCCCGGUGUCCGAAGAGCUCUGUUCACCCGACCGGGCGCUCUCGCCUUUCACUAUGGCGUCCUACUCCAGAGCAAUGACCCCAGAGUCCUGUGGCUCCGUCACGCCGGACAGGGCUUUGUCGCCCAUACAAAUCGUGUCUGUCACAACGGGCACCCCCGACCGCGCCCUCGCCACGGACCCGGUGGGGGGGGGGCACGCCGUCUUCCGCGUGACCCCCGAGAGGCAGAGCAACUGGCAGGUCCAGAGGUCCAACAGCACAGGGGGGCCGAACGUCAUCACCACGGAGGACAACAAAAUCCACAUUCACCUGGGGAGCCCCUUCAUUCAGAGCAUCAGCAGCCCGUCGCUCCAGGAGCACAGGACUCAGGCGCUGGCCAACGGCAGCGCUCCCACUGGCAAGAGCAGCAGCAAAAUUACAAGUAGCAUCACCAUUAAGCCCACCUCCACCCCAAUCCAACGGCCAUCACAAAUUACAAUCCCCCUAGAAGCAUUCCGACGACCAGGACCUACCAGAAUCCCCAAACCGAAGGGCUACAGCUCCCUGAAAGGAUCCAGCAGUCCAACAGCGGCAAACAUGGGAUUUCAGAAUAAGAGUCAGUUUCCCACACACGCGCCCGCAGCACUCAACAACAACAACAACCCAAACCUAGUGAACCGCAGACUGUGAUAUUACAGUACUUCAUGCACAUUCAGAUCAAAGGAUUUUUCUAAUGAUUUGGAUCAAAUGGUGCUUCACCUCCACUAACAACAUCAUUGAUGAAGUCAAAUUUCGACACAAUGUCAAAAACAAAACAAAUUAAUAUUCAAUACUGCUUUUAUGACAUAAUCCUCAUCUGUGGUGCUCUUUGAUUGUGUCACUCACUGUUUAAUGUGUAUUGAAAAUCAGAACACGUUAGGAAAUAGAUUCAAUGUGUGAGAACGUCGCCCUGAUCAAGAGUAACACUAGAAACAGUAUAUGCUCACAGAAAAUCAACAUUUAUUCGUAUCGUGCUGUGUUGGAACAUGCAUUUUUUAAUAAGUGGCAAUAAUGUACAUAAGUGUUUAAAGGAUGUGUUGUAUUGUAGAGCUUUGACAGUGAUUAUUAUCUGACAUUUGUGUUACUUGCUUAUCAAUAAAGACUUUUUUAUAUUUUGAACAAGAGAAA